AUGAAGAAGAAGAAAUUAUUUGUAAUGUCUCAUAUCAACAGGCUGAAAAGAAAAGAAACAAGAAAAUUUGUGAUCAUCGUGGUGACUUGUGACGUGAGUCGCUCAGAAGAGUCAGAAAUACCAGAAUCAGAAGUUGGCGUUCUCCCUACCCUUCAUAACUUAGCUAGGAUAACAGAAGUUGAAAAUGUGGACCCCAACAAUGUUUCUGAAACAGAUAAUGAGAAUGAGCAUAAAGAUUAUGAACCAAAGCCCAAAAAGAGGUAUAUUCAAAGAUUUUCCGAAAAGUGGAAAGAUAACUUUGAGUGGGUUGAAGAAAAUACUGGCAGCAAAAGAUGUAAAGUUUGUAGUGUAAAUAUACAAGGAUCAUCGUUUCAUUUGAAAAGACACAGUGAAAGUAUCACUCAUAAAAGUAAAAUGAAGGCUUUUAAAGUAACACCAAGAUUCAACGAAUUUGUAAAGGACCAGAACAAAAAAAUUCAAUUAGCUAUGUUAGCAAAACAAGCUGAACUUAAGAUGGUAACUUAUCUGUGUGUUCAUAAUCUGCCAUUUAGAUUGAUAGACACUUUACCAACUGCAUGUGCAGAUAUGUUCAGUGAUUCUGAAAUAGCCAAACAGUUGAAAAUUAAGAGAAAAAAAGCUACUCAAAUAGCUGUUAAUACUUUGGGGCCAUCAAAUAUAAAUAACAUUAUAAAGAAACUGAGGAAAUCAUACUUCUCAAUAAUAAUUGAUGAGAGUACAGAUAUCAGCACUAAAAAGAGUUUAGUUGUAAUGGUCAGAUUUUGGGAUGAAGAAUUACAAACAAUAAAAGAUAGGUUCCUUGGAUUAUUAGAAGUAGAAGAUGCCAGUGCUGAGGGUCUCUUUCAGUUAAUUAAAAGCAAAAUUUUGGAUAAAUAUAAACUGCCUUAUUCAAACAUUAUUGGUUUGGGGGCAGAUGAUGCCAGUGUAAUGAUGGAAAAUAUAGCAGGGGCUGAUGAUGACCAAAUUUGUGAAAAACAUUAUAAUCUCGACACGUCGAUCGACCUGAGAAAAAGACUGGAUUGGAGACGGUUGGAAAGAGGUUACAUCUAG